UGCUCGGCUCUGUGAGAAUCCUGGGAGCUGGUGAUGUCAGACUCGCUGGGUCAUUUGAAGGUUAGCAGCCCGGGAAGGGUUCACCGAAAGUUCACUCGCAUAUAUUAGGCAAUUCAAUCUUUCAUUCUGUGUGACAGAAGUAGUAGGAAGUGAGCUGUUCAGAGGCAGGAGGGUCUAUUCUUUGCCAAAGGGGGGACCAGAGUCCCCGCGCGAGCCGCCUGAGGACGGGGAUGCCGAGGACGCGCGCGAGCCGGGCAGGGCUGGUCUGGGCACCGUCCGGGUAGGAUCCGCACCGCAUUCCGAAGGCUUUUUGCAGGCGUCUGCCUAGAAGGAGAACUUGGGCUCUUUCUGGGAACCCCCCGCCCCGGCUGGAUUGGCCGAGCAAGCCUGGAAAAUGGUAAAUGAUCAUUUGGAUCAAUUACAGGCUUUUAGCUGGCUUGUCUGUCAUAAUUCAUGAUUCGAGGCUGGGAAAAAGACCAACAGCCUACGUGCCAAAAAGGGGGCAGAGUUUGAUGGAGUUGGGUGGACUUUUCUAUGCCAUUUGCCUCCACACCUAGAGGAUAAGCACUUUUGCAGACAUUCGGUGCAGGGGAGAUCAUGUUUGACUGUAUGGAUGUCCUGUCAGUGAGUCCUGGGCAAAUCCUGGAUUUCUACACUGCGAGCCCGUCUUCCUGCAUGCUCCAGGAGAAAGCUCUCAAAGCAUGCUUCAGUGGAUUGACCCAAACCGAAUGGCAGCAUCGGCACACUGCGCAAUCGAUUGAAACACAGAGCACCAGCUCCGAGGAACUGGUCCCGAGCCCUCCGUCUCCACUUCCUCCCCCUCGGGUGUACAAGCCCUGCUUCGUCUGCCAGGACAAGUCAUCGGGGUACCACUACGGGGUCAGCGCCUGCGAGGGGUGUAAGGGGUUUUUCCGCAGAAGUAUUCAGAAGAACAUGAUUUACACUUGUCACCGAGAUAAGAACUGUGUUAUUAAUAAAGUCACCAGGAAUCGAUGCCAGUACUGUCGACUCCAGAAGUGCUUUGAAGUGGGAAUGUCCAAAGAAUCGGUCAGGAAUGACAGAAACAAGAAAAAGAAGGAGCCUUCGAAGCAGGAAUGCACGGAGAGCUACGAAAUGACGGCCGAGCUGGACGAUCUCACGGAGAAGAUCCGGAAAGCCCACCAGGAAACCUUCCCCUCGCUCUGCCAGCUGGGCAAGUACACCACGAAUUCCAGUGCCGACCAUCGAGUCCGACUGGAUCUGGGCCUCUGGGACAAAUUCAGUGAACUGGCUACCAAGUGCAUUAUUAAGAUCGUGGAGUUUGCUAAACGUCUGCCAGGCUUCACCGGCUUGACCAUCGCAGACCAAAUCACCCUGUUGAAGGCGGCCUGUUUGGACAUCCUGAUUCUGAGAAUCUGCACCAGGUAUACCCCAGAGCAAGACACCAUGACGUUUUCGGACGGCCUGACCCUGAAUCGAACCCAGAUGCACAACGCCGGGUUUGGCCCCCUGACCGACCUCGUGUUCACCUUUGCCGGCCAGCUUCUGCCUCUGGAGAUGGACGACACGGAGACAGGCCUUCUCAGCGCCAUCUGCUUGAUCUGUGGAGACCGUCAGGACCUUGAGGAACCAACAAAAGUAGAUAAGCUACAAGAACCAUUGCUGGAAGCACUAAAAAUUUAUAUCAGAAAGAGACGACCCAGCAAGCCUCACAUGUUUCCAAAGAUCCUCAUGAAAAUCACAGAUCUCCGCAGCAUCAGUGCUAAAGGUGCAGAACGUGUAAUUACCUUGAAAAUGGAAAUUCCUGGCUCGAUGCCCCCUCUCAUUCAGGAAAUGCUGGAGAAUUCUGAAGGACAUGAACCCUUGACCCCAAGCUCGAGUGGGAACACAGCAGAGCACAGUCCCAGCACCUCGCCCAGCUCCGUGGAGAACAGCGGUGUCGGUCAGUCACCACUGCUGCAAUAAGACACUUUCUAGCCACUUCCAACAUUCCCCAGUACCUUCACUCCUGGGAUUUAAAAUGCAAGGAAAAAACAUUUUUACUGCUGCUUAGUUUUUGGACUGAAAAUAUAUUCAAACUCAAGAAGGACCAAGAAGUUUUCGUAUGUAUCAGUAUAUACCCCUCACUGUCUAACUUACCUAGAAGUACAAACUUUUUAAAUUCUAAAAAUCAAUCAGCCAUUUCAUGCAACCGAAAACCAGUUAAAAGCUUCUAUUCUCCUCUGUGAACACUCAAGAUUGCAUGGCAAAGACCCAGUCAAAAUGACUUACCCCUGGUUAAGUUUCUGAAGACUCUGUACAUACAGAAGUAUGGCUCUGUUCUCUCUCUCCUAUACGUUUGGUGCUUUCCUUUUGUCUUGCAUACUCCAAAUAACCAAGACACCAAGGUUAUGGAACCGAUUACUGUACAUGUCCAGUUAAGAAAGGGUCAAAAAGAUAACUUUCUUGCCUUCGCAGAUCAAGACGUCGAGGUAAGGAAAUGGGACUGUCGUACAGUGUGGCAAGAUAAGGCUAAAGGUGUUCUACUUUAGUUAGUGUAGAAGCUUGUCCUUGCUCUCUGGAUGCUCUCAGACCGCAUCUUUCCUUUCAUGUUGCCCAGUGAAGUAUACGACAAAUUCACUGCACUAGCAGAAGAGAAUUCUGUAUCAGUGUAACUGCCAGUUCAGGUAUCAAAUGUCAUUUGUUCAAUUGUGGAUGUCACUUUAAAUUAAAGGUGGUUUAUUACUUGUUUAAUGACAUAACAACUACACAAUUUUCUUUUAAAAGAUGAUACAUUUUUACAGUAAUGAUAGCCUCCAAGGCAGAAACACUUUUCAGUGUUAAUAUAAGUUUUUGUUUACCUAUUCACAAGCCAUUAGGGAGGUUUCAUGGGAUAAUGACGGGCUGGUCUCUCACCUGCACCGUGUAACUAACUCUGUAUCCUUCCUGAUUCCCGCUUGUUACUGGGGGAAUUUGCGUUGCCUCCCCAAAGUCACCGGCAGAGAAUCUGCGUCCUCUGGCCUGGUCCAGUCACUACGAACAGAGUGGAGGCUGGGGUGGAGUGGUUAACAGACCCAAGUGUCUGUCAGUUUCUUAGUUCUCAUUUAAGCACUAGUGGAAAAAAAUUUUCUUUUGAUAUAUUAGCAAGUCUGUGAUGUACUUUCACUGGCUCUGUUUGUACAUUGAAAUUGUUUAACAAUGCUUCUUUCUAUGUUCAUAUACUGUUUACCUUUUUCCAUGGAGUCUCCUGGCAAAGAAUAAAAUAUAUU